AUGCAACAGAGAAGAGCUGACGCGACAACCCCAGAGAGACAUGAGCGUCAAGACUCAAACCGAAGAUCCACAGAAGCAGCUAGAGCGGAAGAAAAUACCCCCCUCCGAGAUGCACGGCGCGAAGCGGAUCGCAAUGCGACACGAGGAGCUAGAGCCGAGGAAAUUACUCCUGCUCGUGAGGCGCGGCGAGACCUUGAACGUCUAUCCACCCAACGAUCAAGGGAUGCACAAGACACACCGACUCGGAAUGCCCGGCAACGAUCCGACGGCCAGGCUCGAACGGCUUCUCGGCAGCUCUUCCCCCCACUACCCGAAUCCUCGCCUUCGUAUUGCGAUCUCGGCAUGGUCCAUAUUGAGUGUUCGCACUGCAAAGCUCUGCAUUUCGUCCAAGAACGCAUCGUGAGCAGCUCUGCCGCAAGGCCCAUGUUUUCCACAUGCUGUGCGAAGGGGAAGCUGUCACUGCCCCUUCUCACCGACCCGCCAGCUCUUCUGCGCUCUCUUCUCAUCGAUGAUACUCCAAGGGCCCGCCGCUUCCGUAAAAACAUUCGAGCAUACAAUUCAGCGCUGUCUAUGGCGUCCGUGGUCGCCAAAUGGGUGAACAGAGGGCCCGGUACUUCCAAUUUUAACCCCACAAUGACGAUGCAGGGCGAGAUGUACCAUUACAUGGGUCCCAUGAUGCCAUCCGAGGGGCGGGCGCCUUCCUUUGCUUCCGUUUACAUUCACGACACUGACUACGGUACUCAAACGCGCACAAGGCUUGGCGGAGCCUCUACACGGCUGGAAGACACACUGUUAAUGCAACUGACGCACAUGCUGCACGAAUGCAACCCCUACGUGCAGACUGUUCUCAGUAUGCGAGAAUGGGCUCAAUCCCCUCAACCCAACACUCCAGCCCCGUACCAGAUGGUCAUCCAUGCCGACCGCAGGCCAAGUCAUGAGCACGUGCGCCGGUACAAUGGUCCCGAAGCUUCUGAAGUGGCAGCAUUGAUCCCUGGAAAUGAAGACGGAGAGAUUGGGCGAAGAGAUAUCGUCGUGCGCAGGCGAGGGACUCUGAACAGUAACGGGAACGAAGUGCUGGAUCCGAUUUCAGUCAGUCAUCGUGCAUACGAUCCGUUGAGUUACGUGCUUUUGUUCCCGAACGGUAGAGAUGGAUGGUAUCCAGAGCUUCGAUUCUCCAGUGAUGACGACGGCAGAUAUACCAAGAUUACUCCGAUGAUGUACUACGGAUGGCAUUUGUUCGAAAGAGCAGGCGAGUUCAGCACAAUCUUGCACGCAGCGCGACUCUUUCAGCAAUAUUUGGUUGACCAGUUCUGCAAAGUGGAGGCAGAAAGGCUUUCGUAUCUCCGCCACAACCAGACACAGCUUCGAGCCGCCGACUACACCUCACUGCGCGACAGCCUAGGAGACUCCGGUCGUGCUGAAGAUGAAGCCGAUGCUGUGCGUGCGGGACAACUGUUCAUUCUCCCUUCCACGUACAUUGGAGGUGACCGCUACAUGAGGCAGCAGAUGCACGACAUCAUUGCUAUAUCGAACCAAAUUGGCCACCCGGACAUCUUCCUCACUAUGACAUGCAAUCCAAGCUGGCCGGAGAUCACAAGACCCCUACUGCCGAACCAAACGCCUCAGGACAGACCGGACCUGUGCGCACGUGUGUUUCGUCUCAAAAUGAAAGAUCUCAUGUCCUUGGUCAUCAACGAGGAAGUAUUCGGAACCGUCGUUGCCCAUGUACGAGUCAUCGAAUUUCAGAAACGCGGUCUUCCCCACGCUCACGUUGUAUUUUUCCUAGAUGAAGUCUCCAAGAAUGAUCUGCAUAUGAUUCACAAUCCAUGUGGAGAACGCAAUCCAACAGCCGUGUGCAUGGGCGAGCAGUACUGCAGGAAAGAGUUUCCAAAAUCGUUCAAACACGAAACCAGCCAGUCCGACAGUGACGUCUCCAUCGAGCGACCCUCCCGUGUUGGCCGACGACAGCAAUCCGUCGUGGUUGACAACUCCUGGGUCGUUCCCCACAGUCCUCUGCUUCUACGAUCAUUCGCUUGCCAUUUGAAUGUGGAACUCUGGGUGUCACGCGUUGGCGGAAUCAAGUACCUCUUCAAGUAUGUUUGCAAGGGACAAGACCGAGUGACCAUGGAAAUCACUGCCGAGAACGAGUGCCACGACGAGAUCUCCAACUUCCAAGAUGCCAGAUACGUUUCGGCAUCGGAGGCCGCAUGGAGGUUAUUCUCCUUUGACAUUGUAGAUCGCAAUCCUCCAGUGGUCAGACUUACGGUGCAUCUGCCCAACCACCAUACAGUAUACUUUGAGGAAGGGCGAGAGCAGGAGGCGGCGCUUCGACCAGCAUCAGGUACGAAGCUGACCGAGUGGUUUAAAGCCAACGAGAAGUACCCAAGCGCGAGGCAUCUUCGGUACCACAAGUUUCCAAGGUACUUUACGUGGAAGACACGCACCAAGUCAUGGACCUACGAUUUCAGUGGUACAGGUGCCAACGUAGUCGGUCGAAUCUACACUGUCAGUCCGAGGGAGGGUGAGCGCUACUUUCUUCGCCUCCUCCUCACACAAGUGCCAGCGGCAACAUCCUUCGAGAACUUGCGAAAUAUCGACGGCGAGCAGUGCACCAGCUUCCGACAAGCUUGCUUACGACUCGGUUUGCUGGCCGACGAUGCCGAGUGGAAGCACGCAAUCCGAGAUUCAUUCCGGUCAAGCUUCGUUCCUCUUUCUCAUCUGUUUGCUACGAUUCUGGCACACUGCCAGCCUUCGGACCCUCUCUCGCUGUGGAACGACCACCUGGACAUGUUUCUCACCGAUAUUCGCAAUCGUGCACGCAGACAACCCAUUCGAAGACAGCAGCUUCGCGAUGAUCACCACGCCACAUCUUACGUACUUCGAGAGGUACAGGAGGCUCUGCAGACCCACGAGCGCAGCAGUGGGAAGGGCGACUACAGACGUCACUUCCUUCGUACGCGCCGUAAGCAGGUCAUCGCUGUCGCUACGUCUGCUGUUGCUGCUGUGCUGCUCGACGGUGGACGCACCGCUCAUUCCGUGUUCAAGAUUCCCAUUCCUGUAUCUGCCGAAAGCACGUGCAGCUUCUCCGCAAACUCCGACACAGGCCGUACACUGCAACAAGUCGAUCUCAUCAUAUGGGACGAGAUCGUCAUGUGCCAUCGACAUUGCAUUGAGACUGUCGAUCGCUCCCUUCGCGACUUGAUGCAAACCGACCGGCCCUUCGGAGGAAAGUUCCUCGUGCUCGCUGGAGACUUUAGACAAAUCCUUCCCGUCGUUCCGGGCGGGUCCAGAGGUCAAAUCGUGAGUGCGUGCGUCAAGGCUUCCCCGCUGUAUCGAGAGUGCCGAUUCCUGCGCCUUACCGAGAACAUGCGCCUUGCUGCUCUCCGAGCGGACCCUGCAGCAGAUGUGGAGGCUCUCAACUUUCCAGAAUUCCUCCUCAGCGUCGGGGAAGGCAGACUUCAAGGCGAACAGCGCCCGGAAUGGAUCUCACUACCACAGUCCGUUGCGUUCGAGCACACCAUCCGCAAUUUAUGCCUCAAGGUCUUCCAAGGCAUUCGAGACAAUCACGCCGACCCUGCCUGGCUCACCAAGCGCGUUAUACUCACCACAAAGAACAGGCCGCUCGAGGAAGUCAACGAGGUCAUCGGCAACAUGAUUCCGGGAUCGUAUCGAACGUAUUUGAGCGCAGACAAGGUCGAGAACGAAGACACCAACGCGCUGAUCUAUCCCACAGAAAUGCUCAACACCUUGAUCGCCGGAUCUGCUCUACCAGACCACAAGCUCAAGCUCAAGAAAGGCUUCAUCGUCAUGCUUCUGCGCAAUCUCGAUCCCGCUACCGGUGACGUCAACGGCGCGCGAUAUGUCAUCGAGAACAUGACCAACAACCUGCUCUUUCUACACGUUACCACCGGGUCACACCAAGGCAACAGACUGUACGACAACUUUCUCAUCCCUGGCUUCACCCGAACGCAGUUCCCCAUUCGCACGUGCUUCGCCCUUACAACGAACAAAGCGCAAGGCCAAUCCUUCAGUGGCCGCAUUGGUCUCGACUUACGAGAUCACUGCUUCUCGCACGGUCAACUCUAUGUCGCACUAUCAAGGACUACUCACCCAGGCAACGUCACUGUCCUCACUCGAGAGUCCAAUGAAACCACGCGAAACGUAGUGUACCCCGAGGUCCUUCAGUAG